UCUUAUAUUUUAGUUGUUUCCUCUAAAAAAAUUCUGUUUUUCUUCUCACUUCACCUCGCGUGCGCGACAACCGACAACUAGGUCAAACGCCGCCGCCCUACGGCCAGGUGCCCAUGUCUUCGUCGGGCGCUUUGCCGACGACGGGAACCCAGCACACCGGCCGCCAACCUGAGGUUUUGUGGGCUCAGCGCUCCGAGAAGAUUUACUUGACUAUCUCACUGCCAGAUGCGAAAGAUGUUGUGUUGAAGACUGAUGCUAAGGGCCUCUUUACCUUGUCUGCUGUUGCCCAUGGGGAACCGUUUAGCUUCACUUUGGAGCUUUUUGGUUCAGUACUGCCAGAGGGAAGUAAAACGAAGACAAAUAUGGGCUUGCGAAACAUAAUCUGUUCAAUCCAGAAAGAAAAGAAAGGUUGGUGGAAGCGCUUGCUGAAGUCAGAGAAAAAACAUCCAUACAUCAAAGUUGACUGGAACAAAUGGUGUGAUGAGGAUGAAGAGUCUGAGGUCUCUGGAGAUUCAGAUGAUGGCUUUGAUGAGGCAAAUGAAGGAGAUGAAAGUGAUGAUGACGAUGGGAUGCUUUAUCUCCCUGACCUUGAAAAGCUAAGGGGCAAGUGAUCUGGCUGCUUCGGUGAAGGGACUAGGUUUGCUGUAACAAGUUACCGUUGAUGUGACAGAGUAGGCUCAUCCUUGACGUAGUUGGUGUUACUUUUUAAGCAUUUGCCAUGGCUCGAGACUUUUGGCAUGAUCCUUGCUUGGCAUGUCUCUUAUCACUGGAGUACUAUUUCGGUCUUUUCUGAUCAGUGAGCUAGUCCUCUGGAUGUAGCUAUGAGCUGUUCUGUUUUCAACUGUUUCUUAACAAUAGCCGAAUGACCUAAUUCUACUAUCACAAUGUGCCUAUGUGUUGUGGAAUUAUGGAUUAUAUGGUCUGUCUUUGUGGUUAAGUGGAUCUUGGUAUGGACUUCCGUUGGGCAGGCAUGGCCGGUGUGAUAUACAGGUCAGUUUGUUUA